AUGCGCCCUCUUUCGGGAGCUACACUUUUGUCAACAAUGGGCUUCCGGCUUCCCCAGCUGAUCUGCCGAUUUUAGCGAUACAAAUGUUGAAUGUUUAGGCAUCUUCUAGCGCAUAAUUUCAUGUGGCUGAAGUGAAGGUGACCUUGUAAAACUCUCCACAGCAACCAAGUGUUGGAGACAGGGCUUGGAAGAUGUUUUGGAUUAAUAAUCAUCAUUUUAGUGAGAGAAUCACUUCGUAGAGUGGAAUACCGAUGUCGCCAGAGUGGGAAAGCCGUGUUUUGUUUGGUCGAGUUCUUUCGUCGUCAUUGUGCUUAUAUCUGUCUUUUUUAUUGUCAUCCUCAUCUGUGUCUUUCUGUUGUGGUCGGUAACUGAGACGCCUCCACAAGGGGCUCCCUCAUCCAGCGACAUGCCAUCAGGAUCCUGGAACAACAAGGGUGUCAGCAUCCAAAGCUCUGACUUCACCGAUGCAGGAUACGCCUACCAGUCCCUCUACCAGCCUGUUGUCAAGGCAACCCAUCAGGAAAACCUCCAUCUGCAGCAGCAACAGCAGCAGCAGCAGCAGAAGCAACAACAGCAGCAGAGUAGGGAUGGAUUCUCUCUGGAAUCUCACCACUUUAUGGACCUGUCGCAGGUCUUGAAAGAGGUAGAGGAUGAGGGGGGUCUUAUUCCAUCCCCUGCGAGGCUGGCAGAGAGGAAGAGGAGACUCAGCGAGGAUGAAGAAUCCCCGUCUGAAGAGUACUCUGACACCCAUGCAUCAAUCGAGCAAUUGAAGAAUGCCUAUUCAAUCAGCCUGGAUAGCCUCAAUGAGAACAAUGUGGACAUGUCCUGCAGAAUCACACAGGAUAGCUGUAGGAUCGACUAUGACAGCGACAAAACGCCCACUGUGGAUAAGAGCUUCUGGUCAGAGUCUGACGAUGACAGUCCGGUGGUGGAAGGAGAAGAUUCCUUCUACUAUGCAGAUGCUGAAGGGAACAACUAUCAUCAGGUAUCCACUGUCACUGGAUCAGUAUUAGAGACACCUACAAAUCUGAACACCUUCAUCAAGACCUGUGACCGGGACAUUGAGAAGGAAAUAAGGAAUAUCGGCGUUGUAACAGAUGAUUAUGAAUUAAACAAUGAACUUGCGGAAGAGUUUGAUGAUGGAGCCAAGAGUUGUUCAUCUCAUGAUGCAACAAGCUCUGCCUCAUCAGAGAGUCUAAGAUCUGCCUAUUCCUUGCAGACACCUGCCUUGUCGUCCAGUCCAGAGAGUUAUGAAAUGCUGUAUCACAGCUUUGAAGUGGCUACAAUGCUGGACAGAGAGCGGGAAAAGAACGGUGUGGAUAUAAGUGACCCAGCAGAAGAAACGUUGCUGGAUAUUCUUAACAAGGCCUCACCCAAACUGCAGAGGAUGAACUAUCAUAGAGCAGAGCAAGCUGGCAGUGAACAUAGCAGUUCUGGAGAGUCUAGUCCUUCCUCUUUAACAUCAGAAUCUCCCCGAGACCACAAUAUUUGUGCAGAUCGAAAUGAGAGCAGUGAAAAUGACCUUCGUCCACGCACCUUAGACUUUACAAACAACAAAGCCCAUUCUGCAGAAGACCUCAGUUCUUUAAGCGUGAUUACCUUCGCUCAAAUCGCUCAUCAGAGAAGGAAGCCAGAACCCAAGGAAGUCAGGAAAGAAAAGAACAAUGCUCAAGAGAGCUUACUCCAUUGGACAGAAUUACUUUCUGUCAAGGGAGCAGCUUCUUCUGCCCAGGAUAUUCCUGGAGCAGGAGCUUCGUGCGACAGCCAUGAACAGGUCUCCGAUGCGCCCAGAAGACCACAGUCACUGCCCAUCCAGCUGAGGCACCUUCAGAAGCCCACCAUACGCCCUCACGCCACCCCACCGCACAUACCCAAUGGAGUGAUCAGGACAAUGAGUGCCCCUGAGGGUAUCAACACAACGCACAGGACCUGUAGGUCUUGGGGAGACCAUGAUGAGGGCAUUGGUGAGCUCUCUGAAUCUGAGGUUGAAGAUCUGUCCCCUGAUCCAGUGAACGAGACCACUCCAGCAGACCCACCAUCUCAAAAGCUCCUGCAUCCCGAGCGAAUAGAGUUUGGAGGUCAACUCCCACAAAGAAGACACAGAACUGCCACGUGGUGUGGAUCCUUUGGGGCCAUCAGGCGACCCUUACUCAGCAGCAGGGAGCACUUAUCUGAUACGGAUAGCCUGGACUCCUGGCAGCCUCCCCAGCCUACCGAUAUCAAUGCUAAUGUUGCUAACAAUGGAAGAUCCUCUAGUGAACAGAGUGAUGAUGAUGGUGUUUCCGCGCUGUAUGAUGCGCGAAGCAUGCCACUCAAUACAUCCUUGUGUAGGAAGAACUUUUUAUCGAGUCGGGAAAAUGUGCAACGCUCGCGGAAGAGACACUAUUGUAAAGAUACUUAUGCCGAGCGUAUGCUGCAGCAUGGUGGUGUGUUCAUCAGUGGAACUGAAAACAAACCAUUCUUGCUUCAGGACAUCGACUCUAGUAGCAAAACCGGAGCAGCAGGUUCGACUGCGUCUAAGACACGCAGUCUGCCCAGGAACCUCGGGGUCACCAGGAGGCGUUCCGGGUCCAACAAUGCCGGUAAAAGCCGUCCCAAGAGCAUGGAAGGACUUCCCUCCUUCUCCUUAGGUCUGGAUGACGGGAAGCUGGCGUCCUGGACGCGGGAAUUCGCGACACUCAACAAAUCAAAGUCCCAGGAAGAAGAGCUGAGUAACAGUUGGAUUAAUCCUCAAGAUGAUUUGUUGGACAAACCUGCUGUUCCUGGUGGAGUAUCCGCAGUGCAGCAGGAGUGGAAUGAAUCGGACGAGGCAGACUAUGCUUCUCUGAAAUCUUCCCUUCUGGACAAAGCUCCAGACGAGGAGACCCAGGUGACCUGCGAGGAACUCCAGACCAGCAAGGAGGAAUGCGAGAUCUUCUCGUCCUCCCGACGCAUCAUCAGGAUUGAUAACGUCGCCAAGGAUGCGGAAGUGAAAUACAUCAAACACCGCCCUCUCAAGCCCAUCCAUGUGGUAGACGCGGAGCAUCAUCGAAAGAAAGUUCUUGAGAGACUGUCCAUCCUGCAGCCUCCAUCAAGUGCCCCAGCAACGGGUGUCCAGCCACAGGACUGGCAGUCCUUCACGCAUCCCACCGCUGCCACCAAUCAUCCAUCUACCAGAGGACAUCGCAGACAGAGGUCUGAUGCCACUGCCAACACCACCACCUCUACCACAACCUCUAUCACUUCCAACAGAAGCCAGUCUUUGAUUAGAAGGGAAGGCUUCUGGGCAUGGGCAACUGGCAGGCAACCUACCAGGACAAAGACAAUGAGCGGCACGGAAACAUCGGGAACGGCAUCUGGCCACCAGCAGGUUGGAGCCUCUGGAGGAAUGAGGAAUCAAAUAAGGUGAAUGUUCAAUGAUGUCUUUCAGUUGGGUGAUCUCUCUUUGAUAGCAGCCUAUCCAAGACUCCUCUAUUUUGCCUCAAUUGUUUAUUGAUGUAGAAACCAAAGGAUAAAUGUAGCACAAGGCAAAUAUUCCUGAGUCAUUCUGUUAGCAAUUAUUAAUGCAUUCAAUCUCUCGUACCCUCCAUAACCUGCGUAAAAAACAGUAUUGGAGCUGCACUUACUGCCUAGAGAAAUGCAGGUGCGUUCAUUCAGAAAUAUCCCUUUUGUCAGUUGAAAACCAUUUAGCUCUCUAAAACCUGACCAUUAGGGCACGUGUUGGAUUUCAUCUCAUUUGCAUUCAAGGGGUAUCAAAUUAUGUGAAAUAUGAGUUCC